UCUCUGCCUCCCGCAAUCUCAUUGGUCCACCUCACCGCUCCUGCCACGUAGGACUAGCCCAUCUGUUUCCGCUUCAUAUUUAAAAAAAAAAAAAAGAAAAAAAAAACGAAAAUCUCUCUGCCGUCUUCCCUAACGGCAAUGGCACCACUAACGGCACUUUCCAUUUCCGGUUCCGGAGAUUUUUCAGAGAUUUCUUCUUCUCUCGUUUCUAAUUUCAAAUUCUUUCCUUUUACAGAUGGAUCUCAUCAAAGCGGAAGAAAAAGAGGGGUUUUUCCUUUUGACGAUCGGAGGCCCUCUUUCCCCAAUCUCUCACAAUCCCUCUCGCCCAUUUUCCACCGAGCAGCCGAUAGUCGAUUUCUACUAUUUCGUCUAUUCAUCCAUCGAAGAUCCACCCCACCUCACAGGCUUGUCGGUUGAUAACAAUUCGCAAGGAGUAUAACAGCUAUAUGGAGCUCUUUCUGCUCAAAUGUGGUUGGGGAUGAUCUUCUCAGGAGUUUUUUUUUUUAUUUUUAUUUUUUAAUUUUUAUAGGUCCAAUGAAUGCAAUUGUUGCAUGGUAGCCUGUUAACAGUUUAGAUUGUUCAAUUAGAGUAUCCAAGUUAUGGAUUGGAUCAUCCUAUCAAUACAAUAAAACCAAAUCAGGCAACAGGUGCAAUAGGGCCAAAUCAAGGAUUGAUAAAGGCUUCUGUUUUUUUCUUU